AUGCCUGGAUCUACUCAGCGCACUCUCCGUAAUUCCCGCAAAACGAAAGAACCUAUCAGCACUCAUUCGACAUUUCAAACCGUUUCUCAGUCCAAAAAUGAUGAGAUUGACAUCGAGUCGCUCUCUUGUGCCGGAAUCAUCAACGAAAUUUUGGAAAGAAACACAGAUCCUGUCAUUGAGAAGAUGGUUCUUGCCUUGAAAACAAAAAUCACACAAAAAAUGGCUGAUGGAGUUGAAGCUGAAAAGAGGGGCCGCAGUAUUGUGAUCACUGGCUUAGCGGAAUUGGGUGCUGAUAGGUCUUUGACAGAAAGACAGAGGGACCUAGAAGAAAAAGUGUCCAAUGUCCUUGAUGCGCCUGAAGUUGACUACCUACCCGAAGUAGCUUGUAGGUUGGGAAAGUUUAACGCUAACAAGCCACGUCUUGUUAAAGAUGUACUCCUUUCUCGCUCCCACUGGGCAAAGGCUCUGUCAAGAGCGCAUCUCCUACGCAGCACAAGCUUUUCGAACAUAUUUGUACGUAAAAGCAUGACCGCGGCAGAACGAAAACGGGAUUAUGAGUUAAGGCACGAGGCUCGUCUGAGAAAUGAACGGUCAUCUACGCGUGAGUGGGUGGUUUACAAAGAUACUCUCACCCACAUCACUGAACUUCCCCGCAAACCAAUGACGGGAAACUUAUAA